AUAGAAUGAGCUAUGUGCGGUGAACCCGUUGGAUCAUGUGUGAUCCUUCUCUCAGAAUUAGGACAAUCAUAAAUAAAACACAUGACGUGCAACCAGCCUGAGUCACGUGUGCCCAGCCUGAAGCAGCGAGGGAUUUGGUAAAUGGUGAGCCUCCGGUUUCAGUGAAGGGGAUCGCAUUUCCUGCCACAUUGUGAGCCACUUGUCAACCCCCCUCAGUAGAUCUACACAGCAUGCGCUCUGCUGAGCCAGCCUGCAGGGGGCGAGUGAGCACCGUCAGCAGCGUGUGUGCAUCAGCGAAAGUGUCCGGACACACCGGAACCAUUGAGUUCAGAGGGACAGACGCGGUCCGGGGACACCUGUGUGUCUGCAGGUCAUUCAGCGCCUCACUCGGAUCAUCCUCCCUCCAGGUAGAGUCAGAGCCAUUGACUGAGUGAGCGAGGUGAAGCAGGCAUGAGUGCGGACAGCCAUCAGGAGGUGGUGACCACUCCCCCUCCGCCGGGCGGAGGGACCAAGGAGCGCUACUUCGACCGGGUCAACGUCAAUGAUCCCGAAUACAUCAGGGCCAGGAACAUGUCGCCCGACCUGCGGCAGGACUUCAACGUUCUGGAGCAGAAGAAACGUGUCACACAGAUUCUACAGAGCCCCGCCUUCAAGGAGGAGCUGGAGGGUCUGAUCCAGGAGCAGCAGAGGAAGGGGAACAACCCCUCCGGCCUGCUCGCCCUCAGACAGAUCGCAGACUUCUUCAUGGCCAGCUCAGUGGCUGGUUUCAACACCUCCUCCCUCAGUCUGGGGAUGGUCACGCCCAUCAACGACAUGUACGGAGUGGAAUCCAGCACCAUGGUGAAAGGCGAGAGGCUGACGCGCUGUAAACUGGCCAGCCUCUACAGACUGAUGGACCUGUUCAGCUGGGCACACUCCGCCAACUCUUAUAUCACAGCCCGAGUCAGUAAAGAGCAAGACCACAUCCUUAUCCUCCCGAGAGGUCUUUCAUUCGCUGAGAGCUCUGCAUCAAACCUGGUGAAGGUCAACAUCAUCGGGGAUGUGAUCGAGCAGGGCUCCACCAACCUGAGGGUCGACCCUGCAGGGUUCAGCCCCCACGCCGCCAUCUACUCAAUGCGUCCAGACAUACGCUGCAUCAUACAUGUGCACACUCCUGCCACCGCUGCAGUUUCAUCUAUGAAGUGUGGAAUCCUGCCCAUUUCCCAGGAGGCAUUGAUCCUGGGUGACAUCGCAUACUACAACUACCAGGGCAGCCUGGAUGACCAGGAGGAGCGCCGAGACCUGCAGAAGGCCCUGGGGCCGACAACAAAGGUGCUGGUGCUGAGGAAUCAUGGCGCGGUAGCUCUUGGGGAAACCGUUGAAGAGGCCUUUCAUGUCAUCUACAAUGUCCAGUAUGCCUGUGAAAUCCAGGUGCAUGCCAUCUCCUGUGCCGGCAGCGUGGACAACCUGAUCGUGCUGGACCGGGAGAAGUACAAAUCGCGAACGGCCGACAUGGCCACUGCAGGUCACAUCAACAUGGCCAGCCAGAUCAAGUGGAAGGCCGGGGAGCUGGAGUUUGAGUCCCUGAUGAGGAUGCUGGAUAACCUGGGCUACCGGACCGGCUACACCUACAGACACCCCAUCGUCCGGGAGAAGCCGCGGCACAAGAGCGAUGUGGAGAUCCCCGCCACCGUCAGCGCGUUCCUGUUCGAGGAGGAGGAGGACUGCAGUGCCACGCGCCUGCCCUACAAGUUCCUGCAGCAGCGGCAGCAGAGGGAGAAGACGCGCUGGCUCAACUCGCCGAACAGCUACACCAAGGUCAACGUGGAGGGCGGCGACGAGCGCUACAACAGCCGGACAACCACGUGGUUGAAGGCGGAGGAGACAGGAACCCCGAUCAGGAUCGAGGACCCCAAUCAGUUUGUCCCUCUCAACACGGACCCCACUGAGGUUCAGCAGAAGAGGAACAAAAUCAGAGAGCAGAACCGGUUUGAUGUGAUGACGUCAGGUCCACGCUCUCAACACCUCGCAGGAAUCCCUGUCGACGCACCACGACAGCCAUACGUGCCCACAGAGGAGGAGCAGAUGGUUCCCCAGCCUCCGAACCCCUUCAGUGAGCUGUUGGACAAGGACCAAGAGCAGUUCCGCAAAAAAGCCGAGCGAGGGCAACUGGGACUCAGUGAUGGCGAGCACGAGCUAACCUCCGACGACGGCUCCACUCUCUCUCAGUCUCUGUCUCUCACCCAGUCCCCGCACAGCACUCCGGCUAAAGAAGACAACCACGGGGGCCUGAUGAACGGCAAAGACAACCACAGGGACGUGGACGAGGAGCUGUCCAAGCGCGUCAGCCAGCUGACCACCAGCGUGGAGAGCGUGGAGAUCACGGUGCGCUCCGGCGAGAAGAUCGAGGAGGCGCUGUCUCCCGAGAGCUCGCCCUCCAAGUCCCCCAACACCAAGAAGAAGAAGAAGUUCCGCACCCCUUCCUUCCUGAAGAAGAACAAAAAGAAAGAGAAGACGGAGGCCUGAGAUGAAACGAGCGUCAGGGGCGAGGCGGGCGGGGGAAUCCUUCUGUGUAGAGGAGUGGGGGGGCGGCAGUCCCCGCUUCUGUUAAAGCGUCUGUGUUUUUAUCUUGUCUCUGUGUUAAAUGUCCUUUUAUGUUUUUAAUUUUAUUAGGUUUUUUUAACAAAAGGUUUUAUGUGCAAACGGCAAAAGAAAGGAUUACAGAAAAAAAAGAAAAGAAUUGAUUUGUAACAACAAGAGUAUGUUGAGUGUGGGGGGGCACAUAUUCAAACUGCAGUGGUCAGGUGUCUGGUGUCCACACACCUGACCACCAUGCAGGUCUGUAACUGGGCUCCAUAGAAGCCAGCAAGUGCCAUUCAAGGCCAUUGAGCUCCUGAGUCUCUGGCUCCUCCUGAGUCGUCUCCCCUCGGCUGAUAAUCCCAACUUGAAACCACAGAGCGUAUUUCUUGCGUCAAAAUCCAAUUUUAUGAAAUGAUUGGAUCGCAACCUGAAUGUUGUAAAACUGCACAAACUAAAACCUCUUGUUCGUUAUUGAACCUGUCGAGACUUCCGGGUCUUUUCGGGGUUUUCGUCUUUUUCUCACAUUCUGGUCACCUGACACAUUGGGGAACCGAGAGGCCACAUGAAACCUGAGGUCACACUGGAAUGAGUUUGUGUUGACUCCUCUGCUGUGAGGGACGUUUCUCUCUCACACUCUUCGGGCUUCUUUGCGGCGCAAGGCAUCCGAUACAACCCUUCUCCGCGGCCGGUUGUGUCGGACGAGUUACCGGGUUAACAAACUGGACUAGAGGGUCAGGAUGAGGCUGGUGGUCCGUCAGAGCCGAGUCCACCUUAUCUCACGAGAGCUGCCGACAUAUUAAAUAUAUUUAUGUAGCAUUUUCAUGUCUUUUUCUUCAUCUCAGUGUUUUUUGCCAAACUAAAUGAAAGAAUGGAAAAAAAAAACAAUCUCAUUUGAGAAAGGGUCACUGUCCGCGUCUAGUUUGUCAUCUCAUGAAAUUUUAACUUUUUUAUUGAAACAGAUUCGGUAUCAGUCGACUAUGUUUUGUACUCGUUUCUAAGCUUUUCCAGAGAAUACGGAUGUUACGCAUGUCUUCUCUUUUGCGAGAGCUGAAUUUCUACGGCUGACUAUGUUCUGUAGUGAUGCCCGAUUGCUCAAAUUAUAUUUUAGUCUUCAGAGUACACAAAUUUACUAUAUAACAUGAAAACUGGAUAUGUUGGCUAUAGAUUUUUAACUAUAUAUUUUUUAUUCUAUCGUGCUGCACUUUUCUCGUCGUAUAUAACACAUUUUAGUUGCAGGUGGUUUCACCAGUGAAGGAGAUUGUGAAGUAUUUGGUAAAAGUAGCAAAGCAAGGCACGGGGCUGGGGAAAAAUACAAAGUAGUCCGGGGCCCAGAAAGUGAGUCGCAUGGAGACAGAAAGAAAAGUCGUUCAUUGGUGUCGCACAUGAGAAGUGAUCAACACGUCUCGAGUCAACAGAAAUGACAGAAAACAGGAAGUGUAGCAUUGAACUCUCCGCAGUCGUUUGCUGUUAUGAGAAUCUUGGGUCGUGGAGUGUGGAGCGGUGACGUAUUUGUUUUUGGUGUGUUUGUGCGUUUGUUUUUAAAGCCAUAUUGUAAUUAUUUUCCUCCAUAAAUUUGCUUUUUUUUAACGAUGAGACAAGGGUUGCGAUUCUCGUCUGCCUGCGCAGCCGUCGAGGACCCUCAUAAGACUUAUAUGAAAUCACCCCAGUGACUGCAUCGACUCCUCUCAGGCUUCCUCCCCCCAAAAAACUCCUAAUCUCCGUAGCUACAUUCACAGUAGCUACGCUUCCCCUCUGAAUUUUGUCAUUUACUUCCUACUGGUACUGGAACCAUUUGAGGGAGGUUGUAUGGACAGUUGUUUUAUUAUUUUAUCAUCUUUGAUCAUCCUGCAAGCCCCGGUCGUCAUUUUAGUUUCUAAAGCCUCCCCUCGUGUAAUUUUCCCGGCAAACACGAUUUUGGCGUAACCGUCAGAUGACCCACAGUUGAACUCUGCAAAAGCCAAAGUGUGAUGGGUUGCCACCCCCCCCCCCCCCCCCCCCCUGGAGUUUAACCAGAUAUACCAAUAUCCCAGUUAGCAAUGUGAAGUAUUGGAUUUGGAGGGAGAGAAGCAGGGAGGGUUAGGGGACACAUCUUUAGCCAUGCUGGAGGCGUUCGGCUCCGGGCGGAGAGCUGAGGUCGCACAAGUGAGUGACGGAAAAAGGGAGGUGUGAGUUUGGAAAUGAAAAGUGCACAUGUCUGCGUGUGUUUGUGUGUGUGUGUGUGUGUGCGCGCACGUGCAAGAGAAGUAGAGAUGGGGCGGGGGGGGGGGGGGGUAAACACAACCUGACACUAACGCACCAUGUUGUCAUCACGCAGACUUGUCUAUUUUUUGUUUUUCUUUCAUACCAUCUCUCCUGAAAAUGUUUUUUUUUUUCAUCCUCCAUUUGUAUCGCAGUACGCUUUCUUUUCCUUCUUUCAGUUUGCAGAGAGCACAUGGCUUCUUUUUUUUUUAAAUCAGCCAUUUUAUGAGCAUCCGUCGCUCCCAGAUGAACUGAAUGUGCAUUGCAUCCUUUUUGUUUCCUCCUCUUCUGUUUCCAGCUGUUUGCACCUUGCUUUACUAAUUUACACCUUUUUUUUUCUGUUUAAAAAAAAACAAACAAAAAAAAGAAAAGAUGGAGUUCUGCUUUGGCAUGCCAGAAUGAGCCAAGCUACUUUGUGACCUGUGAAAAAUCCUAUAUACAUGGUUAUCUAAUGGAGUUGCUUUUAGAUGUAUUGCUAAUCAGUGUACAUUCACAAAUAAAACUGUAUUUUAAGAAA